UCGCUGACCUUUAUAUAUCCCUGUUGCCGGAGAAAUGGAACGUAUGUUGCCGCCAUUUCCUCCGCUCAUUUCAAACACAAGUUCGGCGACUGUGGAAGGAGACAGUGAGCGGCUCAGCGCUCAAGCUACACCGCAGACCGAUCAAGCUCCACCUCAGGAAAGUGAACAUCAGAUUUUCACCGCGUUAGCAGUUUAUCGUGCGAUUUGCUCGAGAGAUCCUGCAGCUCAGGAAGCUCAAUGUGCGUAUCUGUUGGCUUACUACCAGGUACAUAUAGCAAAACGGAAUCAUUCAAUCAAGUUUAAGAUGAGGUGCAACGCGUGUUGGCAAGAGUUGGAAGGGCGUGCUGUCGUGACUACUUGUGGUCACCUCCUCUGUACUGAGGAUGCCAGCAAGAUACUUAGCAACGAUGGGGGAUGCCCAGUCUGUGAUCAAGUCCUUCCUAAGAGCCAAAUGAAACCUGUGGACAUAAAUCCAAAUGACGAAUGGGUAAAUAUGGUCACGAAUGGGCUAUCUCCACAGAUAUUGAUGAAGAGCACAUUCAAGAGUGUGAUGUUCUAUAUUGGACAGAAGGAAUUAGAGAUGCAGUUCAAGCUGAGCAGACUAGCAGCACAGUAUCGACAGAAAUUUGAGGCCACGCAGGAGAAGUUCAACGAGAAACUAGAGCAGGUCUAUGCUGCAUAUCAGAAAGCGGCAAAACGAUGCCAGAUGAUGGAACAGGAGAACGAGAGGCUGAGGAAGGAUAGAGAAGAGCUUCAAAGGGAUAAAGCAGAGCUCCAAGAAAAGUUCUCCGAGCAAUCAAGGCAAAAGAGGAAACUCGAAGAUAUGUACGAUCAACUGAAAAGAGAGUACGAGUCGGUGAAAAGAUCAGCCAUUCAACCGGCAAGCAACUUCUAUGCAAGAAACGAUGCUGAUAUCUUCUCAAACCCGGCAGCUACAAUGAUGGAUACCAGAGAACCGCUGCGAAAUGAUUGGUCGGAUAUAACUCCUCGAACUCCAGGACCCAGGGAGGACGUAUGGUUCCCGAGACAGAACCCUGGAACUUCUGGUUUUGGUAUCUCCGGCGGCAGCCGUCCCCGCAGCGGCUCACCAGCCAACGCAGCAGCCAAACUCGACCUUGGAAACCGAAGUGUUGCCGGCGGUAACGCAGGUUUCGGAGUUGCACCAAGCAACCCGGCGAUGAAACUGAAGAACCUCAUCUUCUCGCCGAUCAAGCGGCCUCAGAUGUCUCGUAACCACUCUAACUUGUUCUCGCCGUAGGCCAGGUGGGAGUGUGGAUGUUUUUGCUGGAAAGCUGAGCUGAACGAAGAACCUUGGUAGGUAAGGCUUCGGUUUGUAGCGUGCUGAAGUAGUGAUUAUGACACUUUAGAUAACUAAGCGUCGGAUUACUGUUGCUGUUCAAGGAGACGAACUUGAACAACAAGCCAGAGAAUUGGCCAUUUUAGGCAGAGUUGUAGAUCGCUUGCACAUAAAUUGUAAAGAAGUCGCUUCAAAAUCUAGAACUAUGAUCGUUAAGAAUAUACAGGGCUAAAUAUGCUGCAGUAGCUUAUAUUACAAUUUAUCAUGUUUGUCCCUGUUCUGCCAUUUUCAAGGGAACUUACUUGAGAAAUGACUAUCCUGUCCGUAGCUUUUUCUCAUGGAUUUUAAGAAAUAAAUGGAUUGAGGAACGAUCAAUAGCGGUUGAAUCUCAUGUUUUCGAUUUUUUAAACAAUCUAGUCCCAAAACCAUGGUGAAUAACGAGAUUUUGGGGACAAUGCAUUAGCCAAAAUUAUUCCAACAUUCAACAAUUACACCGCACGGCCAAAUUGAUGGUCCCCUGAACAUCCCAUUGGACAAUGGACAGUACAGCAGCAGUGGCCAGAUGAGGGACUUAUGUAUAUAUCACACAAACUAAAAUCUGAAGAUAAAAUAUGGUACUUGUUGGGGAAGAUGACAACACUUACUAUUAGUUGAACCCUCGACGAGAGCUGUUCGGUUUUAUUGCGCUUCCUCACCACAACAGCCAUGUGAUUGUGGCCUUUCUGAAACACAUCCAGUAAGUCGUAUAAGGGCAACUUUUCUUGAACCCUGGGGACAUAAAUCAAGCAUCAGAUGAUUAUGAAAAUAAAAAAAGAAAAGAUUCAGUCAAAAUUUUGCCAAUAUAUUUCAUGUAAUGAAUGUCUAUACUAAUGUAAUCACCUGGGGAUUCUCCGUACGGUCACGUUCUUUAUGGGUGUGGCAUUUUCAGGGUGGAUUGUCAACAAAUUCUUGACCUAAAUGAAUGGAGAAAGGCAGUUAAACAAGCAUCGAUAAAGUCUGCUAGAAUGGGUAAAUAGUAACAAAUCAUUCCUCGAGGAAACAAAGAGUCACCAUAUCAUGCAUGCAUAUUUGUCAAAGACACUAGCAAAUGCUCGAUCAGGUAUAAACAACAUGGAAAAAUGGAUCGACAUUUGGAAGAAAAAAAUAGAAUUAGAGAAUAUAUUUGGUACUUGAACAAUCAACAAUAUAAUGAAUAUAUUGCCCAAAACAUUAUUUCGACGUUAGCGAAAAAAUGCUAAAAUUUGGGUUAGAACCUGAGAAUUAUCUUAGCACGAUCAUAUAAUAUACCUCAUGUCCUUAAUCAUAACCAAUACACGUAGAAAAUAGUAACCCAAAGAACAAACUAAGUCCUGAUCCAAACAUAUAGAAUGGAUAAUCAGUUUACCAGAACAAGGCCGAUAAUGUUGAGGCAAACAAGCUCAAAGCUUGCUUCAAACUUGCCCAUAAUUCCCUAUGCCCGCUUGAUCUACACGAUCUUCUACUCCUACGCAGCUACGCUUUAUCAUCAAAGGCAGCCUCAAUCAUGCAAUUGAAGUAAGUAAAGUAUUUCUUUCACGGUAAGAAAGAGAAAGUUAAUGUCCAAUGUUGAUGUGACUUGAAUCGGACUAUCAGUCGCUACGACUAGUAAUCGGGGGUCUCUGGCCGUUUCUUUUGUCAGAUUGGAUUAGGUUUAGACCCACAUGGAGAAGUACUUUAAAUACUUAUCAUACUCCUCUGUAAUUUGUAAUCUCCUUGAUAUAGUGAAACUGGCUCUCUCUCGCCCGUGGACGUAGCUAACACACAUCGUGUUAGUGAACCACGUAAAUCGUGUGUCUGUGUUUUUCGAUUCUCGCUUUCGUAUUCUUGCUUGAUCGAUUCCGGCGAUUUCCGGAUCCGUAGCAGCCCGUUUAUAACAUCCAACCUAACCACAGCAACACACAUUAGAUAUCAAAUAUGAAAGUAAACAACAUGCGAAAAC